AUGGCCUCUUCCCCCGUCGAUAUUCACCUAUUCACAGACGCCGCCCCUUCCGUAGAUUUCGGAGGCUUUUACCAAGGCCGUUGGUUCACGUCCACCUGGCCCCCCCAGGUCCUAGAGAUUCCUCAUGCUUCAGCAUCUUCAGCUCUUUUUGAGCUAUAUCCACUGGUCGUCACAGCAUCCCUAUGGGGAAAAGAGUGGUCAGCUUCCAGCAUAACCGUGCACUGUGACAACGAGGCAACCGUUCAUUGUAUUAACAAAGGCCGCUCCCACUCCCCCGCCAUAAUGCCGUUCCUCAGACGCCUCAUCUGGAUCUCAGCCUUUUCGUUUUGCCUUCCAGAAGUUCAGGCGGCUGGCACCCGAAGCAGACCCUUUGCCAACACCGGUACCUCCCUAUUCGAAGCUGAUAUUCCGGUUAACCACCCCCUAAAAACCCUCCUCGAUGCCUCUCUAAACUCCAUCAUCCAAGCCGUCUCCCUCAGGACCCUCCAAUCUUAUCUCACUGCAUGGGAAAGCUUCAAGUCUUUUCACCUGCCGUUCAACAUUCCCUUUCCCGAUUUUUCUGUCCUCACCAUCACCUCCUUCAUCUCCUUCCUAAACUCUUCAAAAAACCUCCAGGCCAGCUCAAUUAAAGGCUACAUGAGUGGAGUCCAGUUCUUCCACAAACUCAUAUUCAAUUCGCGAUCUGCAGCCAUAGCCAGCUCCCAAACAUUUAUGCUUAUCAAAGGCAUUCAACGUACCCAGCCUUCUCGCCAGGAUGCAAGGCAACCCAUAACCCUGGACAUAUUGACCAGAUGCAUUUCCACCCUCCGUAAAGGAUACCACUCAAAACACGUCGAUCGCACACUCGACACCAUGUUUAUCCUAGCAUUCUUCGGAUUUCUAAGAUGUUCAGAAAUUUCCACAACAUCCACUUUCAACCCCCUAACCCAUCCAACGGUAUCCGACCUGUCAGUAGUCGAUUCAGAGACGAUGUCAUUCUCCAUUAAACAGAGCAAGACGGACCAAAACAGGAGAGGACAUUUCAUCUACAUAUUCAAUCUCCACUCACCAAUUCAACCUUAUCAGACCCUCCUAGCCUACCUCCACUUCAGGAAAUCCCAGACAAAAACCACAUCGGAUCCUCUAUUCGUCGACGAGUCUAACCGCCCAGCUACACACUUCUGGUUCCAAAAGCACCUCAAAGCUGUCCUGCUCCUUUCCGGCAUCCCCGCAGACCACUUUUCCGGCCACUCCUUCCGCAUAGGCGCAGCAACCACAGCAGCCCAAAAAGGCCUCUCGCACUCUCAAAUCCAAGCACUAGGGCGCUGGACAUCGGAAGCUUUCAAGAGCUACAUCAGGUCAGAUCGCUCUAUCAUCAGGGAAGCUCAUCGAACCCUCAUUUCCAAGAUCAUCUAG